AUGAAAAUUCGGGGAUCUCGUGUCCUCGUAUAUUAUGGGCAGAUGUUCGUCAUAUUCGCUCGACAGCAAGAUUUUGAUCCAGUCCAGUCUAAGUCUCAGGCAAGUCUAGUUGUUUUACUUUCAGUUCUAAGGUCGCACUACGAGAUGCCUGUGCCUCUUCUGACCCUCCUUUUCUUCUGCUUCGCCAUGGCACCAAUGCCGGUUCAGACAGAGAAUCCUGGCCAUUGCCCCAAGCCUUCUCCAGAUUUGGUAACCAUUUGUAUUUACAAGUGCAACAGUGAUGCGGAUUGUCCUGCAGGAAAAAAAUGUUGCAGUUAUGGUUGCAUGAAAGACUGCUUUACAGCAGUAAAACCACACUUGAAAGCCUGUCCAGCCGAACUUAGCCUGGAGCCCAACUGCGAGUACAGUUGUGACAAGAAGCAAGACUGUGCUGUGCAUGAAAUCUGUUGCUAUAACGGUUGUGGCUUCGAAUGUGUGGCUACGAAAUGAAAAAUCCCUGAGUCCAUUUGCCUCAACACCAGCACUGGGUUUGAUCAGUAUCUCUGGCAUUAUGUAACCGAAUAUUACACACUAUUUACGUGUUCCUUUAUUAUAAUCACCAUCAGGUUAUAGGAUAUGGUACCUUCUUGUGGUAUUUCAGUAACAAUUGAAUUAUUUAUAUGAUUAGUAGUUGAUAUUGAAGCAAAUGCAUAAAUUUUGCACAGUGCACUUUACAUAAAUAAAGUCAUUGUACGGCUAUGCGUGUGUGUACAUCAAUAAAGCACGGAGCAGUAAAACAAGACUUUAUGCUCUCCAUAA